AUGUAUUCCAUAUCUGGUUUUAAUACUACACAAGCAUACUAUCAUUCUUUAAUAAAUGAGUCCCAAAAGAAAAUUGUAGCCGGUUAUAACAAACGGCAUCGUUUAUCCCAACCUGCCAAAGUCACCACGUCUAUCGAGAAAGAAGAGGACAAACUAAAGUUGCCUUCUACAUCUAAAAGUGAACCAAAAUCAAAAGCUCCUCAUCGAAUCGAUGAUUCUGUAUUUAAUCCUACUAAUGGCUUUCUAUCACCCGGAGUAAGUGCAAAGCUAAACCUGUCAAACGUAAUAGGAAUAGAUCCGAAAAGUAGGGACAACAAGACUACUGUAGCAUUCGAGAAUAAUGAUACACCCAGAGAAACUGUGAAUGACUCUAAAUCGAAUGAUACAAAUGAUAUGGAAUCCAGAGUACCGGAUGACAAGGAUAUAACACAAAAUAUGGAAGUAACGGCAGUAGAUGAAAACAAUGAGAAGGAAAUGGUUGAAAAGGUGCUGGAUGAAGAUGGCAUAAGCAAGGAUGAAACUACGGAUGAUGAGGAAGAAAAAAAAAAUGAAAGUAAUGAUACAUUAGACUCUACGCGCAAAAUUACAUUUUCUGACAUGGAGACAUCAAAGGAUGAGAUAACUGCACCGGCUGAACCAGUGCGCGAACGCCAAAAAAACGUUAUCACCAAGCCGGUAGAUGAUAACAAAGGAAAUCUAGCAUCUAAUAGACCUAAUACCCAACAAGCAAUAAAAGAUCGGAAAUUAGCUGCUUUAAUGGCAAUACAAUCAGAAGAAAUAAAUUGGAAACGACGGUUUACUAAUAGUUCCAAGAUACCAAAUUCAACUAAAGAAGUUAAACCCGAUCUUGUAACAUUAAGAUUAAAUACUCCCAGAUAUGAAUUUAAAAAAGCUGAUUGGCAGGAAAUAGGACGAAUUUGGGAAAGAAAUCAGAGUCGAACGUCUCGAAACACCAGUGGUAAUACACCUUUCUGUAGCGAAAGUCCUCGCUCGUAUCAAAUUCCAGGAUAUAGCGGUCACAUUAGCGGAUAUGCCGAUAGAGACGAUGCUGCGGUAACAUUUUCGCCACGAAGCUUAGUAAGAUCGCAACCUACUACACCACAUGGUAGGACGACAAGGCCUUUUCCGAAAUCCUCAUCAGAAUCUCCAGAGUUUGGCCACCAAGCUCCAAUGUCCAGCAUGAUUACAUUAACUUCACCACAUAAUCCAUUUAAUAGAAUCGAUAGGGAACCAUUCUUACAAUCAGCUAUGUUUGUCCGAAAGUUGCAUCAAUCACCGCCACGGGUAGAGCGCUUAGUACUAGAAUAG